AGUCAAAGAUAUAGAAUAGUAUAAGAUAUAUAAAUAUAAAAUUUGAGAGUGAAAAGAAAAGGGUUUGCAGGAGGAGGCGUUGAAUUGAGCAGUUUGUGUUUGAUUUUGCAAUUGGAACUGCAUCUUCGGCAUGUCGAUUUCGGGCAUCCAGGGGCAGCCUCUUGAGGUUACGGUGGUGUCGUGCUCCAAGCUGAAGGACACAGAAUGGAUUUCACGGCAAGAUCCGUACGUUUGCAUUGAGUAUGGCAGCACCAAGUUCCGCACCAGAACCUGCACCGACGGCGGUAAGAACCCCGUCUUUCAGGAGAAGUUCGUCUUUCCCCUCAUCGAAGGCCUUCGGGAGAUCAACGUCCUUGUUUGGAACAGCAACACUCUCACCUUCGACGAUUUCAUCGGAAGCGGAAAGAUUCAGCUGCACAAGGUUCUCUCUCAAGGCUUCGACGACUCUGCUUGGCCACUUCAGACCAAAUCUGGCAGACAUUCUGGCGAAGUCAAAGUCAUUCUGCACUAUGCAAUUGCAAAUCAAAAGCAGAAAUUAGCCUCGGGCCACUCUCCAUCUGCACCUCCCUAUAUGUCAACGGCAACUCCUCCAUUCCCUUCUUAUUCUAAUCCUUCUCCUGCAUCCUCUUACCCACCACCUCCUCAUUCUACUUCCUCCUAUCCACCACAUCCCUCUGCAACUCCUUACCUUACAACUGGAUCAUACCCACCGGUGGCAUCCACAGCCUCAUACCCACCGGUAGCAUCCACAGCCUCAUACCCACCGCCUCCCACAGCUUACCCACCCCAUCCCUCACAUUCAUCUCCCUAUCCACAGCAAUCCUACCCUGCAUCAUCUCCCUAUCCACCCUCCUCGUAUCCUCCUCCACACUCCUAUCCGCCUGCUUCAGCUUAUCCACCAUCUUCGUAUCCACCGCCUACAGGUUACACUCCUGGAAUAUACCCUCCACCGCCAUACUGACGAGGAUCUUCUACAUUCGCAACCAAGGAAGCAACAUAACGUGGCUUGUAAAUCACUUUAUAACCCUAUCCCAGCUUUACUUGUUAUCAGAAACCCUGUUUUUGUUUUGUUUCUUGUAUUUUUCCUUUAAGUAGUCUUUAUUCCAUACAUUUAUUUAGUCACGGGUUUAUUAUAUAUAAAACUCUAGCCAAGGUUUGUCAA